AUGUCAGUUUUACCCUCAUCUAUUUGGCUUCCUGCUGUCUCUUCUCAUUCCGAGUCGACUCGUCGUCGUUGUCGGACUCACCUGAAUGAUAUCAGCUCGUGUUCAUUGACUAGGCAGCAGCGACUCGGCGUCGACGCCAUUGUUAAGUUCGGAGUUUUCCGAAAACAAACAACCUAUCAGUGCUGCUUAGCUAUGCCAGUUGAAGAGGGACCCACUUCAUCAUCGUCUCAGGAUAGCUUGCUGUACUCCAGAGCAUAUUGGGUCACCAAAUCAAUAGUUGCUUGGAAUGUGGAAGCUGCAGAUGGUUCUUGUUAUCUGUACGCCAGCAAGACUGCUGCGUUAUAUGUUGCAAAUAAUGGAAUCGAAGGCCACGAUUUGAAAAUUAAGCUCGAAGAAGAUAGUGCUGGGCUUCCAGAAAAUGUGAAGGAAAAGUUUCCUCAUAUUCGAGAUUAUAGAGCUUAUAAGGUCCCUCUGGCUUUGGAUGUCAAAAGUCUGCUCAAGUGCCAAUUGGCUGUUGCUAUCUUCAGUUCUGAUAGGAAUUGCAUAAAUGCUACCGGUAUGCAGUUACCUGGUGUUGUUGAUGAAUUAUUCUCGUAUAAUGGACCCCUUGGCGCGGUUUUCUCAAACGGAGUUGUUUCACUUUACCUUUGGGCCCCUACUGCUCAAGUAGUACGUGCCUACAUUUACAGGGAUCCUUCAGGAAGUGAUCCUCUAGAAAUUCUUGAGCUUGAGGAGCUAAAUGGGGUUUGGAAUGCUAAUGGACCCAGAAAUUGGGAGGGCUGUUACUAUGUUUAUGAAGUCACUGUUUACCAUCCUAGCACCUUGCAGAUCCAAAAAUGUGUUGCAAAUGAUCCAUAUUCUAGAGGGCUCUCAGCUAAUGGAAUGCGGACUUUGUUAGUGAAUCUGGAUUCUGAUGCUUUAAAACCUGAAGGAUGGGAUAACUUGGCAGAUGAGAAACCUGAGCUUUUUUCUUUCUCUGACAUUAGUAUAUAUGAGUUGCAUAUAAGAGACUUCAGGUAUAGAGCAAUAUCUUCUUGUUCUUUCAAAAUUGCAAGAAAGAUCCUACCUACUUUAGAGUUCUCUCUUUUCCUCCUUGCUAGUGACUCUACUGUGCAUCCUGACUUUCGUGGUGGUUAUCUUGCCUUUACUUCCCAGGACUCAGCUGGUAUACUUCAUCUAAAGAGAUUAUCUAGUGCUGGUAUAAGUCAUUUGCAUCUGCUGCCAACCUUCCAAUUUGCUGGUGUUGACGAUGAAAAAGAUAAAUGGAAGAGUGUGGACACCCAGAUGCUUGAAAGUUUACCAUCAGAUUCGAUUGAGCAACAAGCUCAUAUCACAUCCAUCCAAAAUGAAGAUGGGUAUAACUGGGGAUAUAAUCCUGUUCUCUGGGGGGUUCCUAAAGGAAGCUAUGCAAGUAAUCCAAAUGGUCCAUGCCGUACAAUCGAGUUUCGAAAGAUGGUGCAGUCACUUAAUCGUAUUGGCCUUCGUGUUGUGUUGGACGUUGUCUAUAAUCAUUUGCAUGGAAGCGGCCCGUUGGAUGAGAACUCUGUUCUUGAUAAGAUUGUUCCUGGUUACUAUCUGAGAAGGAACACUGAUGGCUGUAUUGAGCAUAGCACCUGUGUAAAUAAUACUGCCAGCGAACAUUUUAUGGUGGAACGUCUGAUUCUUGAUGAUCUUUUAUGCUGGGCAGUUCACUAUAAGGUUGAUGGGUUCAGGUUUGACCUCAUGGGACAUAUAAUGAAACAUACCAUGAUGAAGGCUAAGAGUGUGCUCCAUGGCCUUUCGAAGGACAAAAGUGGAGUAGAUGGUUCAAGCAUUUACAUAUAUGGUGAAGGAUGGGACUUUGGUGAAGUAGCAAAAAAUGGACGUGGGGUAAAUGCAUCUCAGUUCAACCUUUAUGGAACUGGAAUCGGGAGCUUCAAUGAUCGGAUUCGUGACGCAUUGCUUGGAGGGUCUCCAUUCGGUCAUCCUCUUCAACAAGGAUUUGUGACAGGUCUGUCUUUGCAGCCUAAUGGUCAUGACCAUGGUACUAAAGCUGAUGCAGAGCAUACGCUUGCUGUAUUGAAGGAUCACAUUCAGUAUUGCAGCGAAGAAGACGAUCAAAUUAGGUAGGGUUUUGUUUGGGAAUAACAGCUUCAACGAGACGUGGGAAAGAAGACCUAUUACCAGAAAUUCUAAAAUUGCCGAAAUAUCAUCUAGAAGUUCCAUAAUUGCAGAAACAUUUCAGCAGAUCCAAAAAAAUUUCAGAAUCAUCCCCAGCAAAUUUUAGAAUUUCAUCACAACAAAGCUUGAUUAUGGUAUGCAUACUCCUAUAGAAAUUUGAGACUAAUAUUUUUAUUCAUUGAAAAAUUAGAGA